AAAACCUUGGGUGUCUACUGUAUCUAACUGUGUAGUUUACAUAAUAUGUGCCCUGUCUCUUUCCAGCCUGCUGUCUACAUAUGGAUCAGCUCUCCUGGUGUGUGUGUCGUGCCUGGAGUAUCUAACCGAUAACUGACCAUGACUGUUCUCGCCCAGCUCAUGACCCUGGCUCACAACCAGACAAAGGCCCGAACCCUGAUGGAGAGAUGCAGACCCAAACCAGAGCUCAAGUCCAGGUUCAGGCCCUGAUUGGAAUGCAGCAGCCUGCUGUUUAUGUGUGGGGCAUGGAACCUCUGACAGCCUACACACUGGCCUCCACUCCGCUGUAUUACCAGAAGCCUAUGCCGGGGGAGUGUCUCAUCUCCCUCAUCCACAAGGUUCAACCAUGCCUAGCUGACAAGCUCACCGGUAUGUUCCUUGAGAUGGACAAUGAUGAGGUGAUCUACAUGCUGGGGGUCUCCACAGGCUCUGCAUUCCAAGAUCAGUCGGGUAAUGGCUGCCCUCCGUGCCUCCCAGUUGAAUGUGGCCAAGGCUAUGUCCCAGCUAAACUUCCAGACACCUUUCAGCUUCACCACCCUGCUCCAGAGUAACCAGGACCUCAAGCCUGUAGCCACUGAUACCAGCCUGGCUGAGGCUCUAGAGAUGGAGGAUGAGAAUGUCCUGAAGGUUGCCACAUGUGUUGCUAGUGAGGGCCUGAAAGUUCUUCUUGGGCUGAAGGAGGGUGAGAAGGUCCUGAAGAAUGCCUGCAGUGUGUCCAGCCUGCCAAGCACCCCCAGCUCCUGGAUACGAACGUGGACAAAAAAGUCCUAAAGACAGCAGCAAGUCUCAUCAGUCUGCACCAAUGGUUUCCUGGAUCUCUGAGCACAUUGAGUAGAAGUUAAUCUUUCAUCUGAAAGGAUUUUGUUUUUUAAGGAUGGCUGGGUCAGAAGACUACCAGUAUCAUGCAAAUAGCACCACCUCCAUUAAUGCUGCUGCAUCUAC